UAUGUUUAUGUUUCCUGCCAACGGCCUCCUGAACUUUAUCUCUAUUUUGGGGUUCAGGCGACGAAGCGAUCACACACGAUUGAGGAAAUUCAGAAACGUCAAGUUUCCAACGGAAGAUUAAUCGAGUCGAUCACCAGCUUUAUAGAGAAGAAAGAGAGAGAGAGAAACUUCAUUCAUUCAUUCAUUCAUUCAUGGAUUGCUGUCAACUUUCCCUCUUUCUCCUGCUCUUCUUCUCCGCCUCGACCGCUCUGGCCUACGAGCGGCCGCCUGCCAGGGAGGUUCUCUCUGUCCCUCUCGCCGCCGAUGCCGACGGCCUCACCCCGCAACAGGUGCAUAUAUCGCUGGUAGGCUCUGACAGAAUGAGAGUGACGUGGAUAACAGACGACGACGGGCCGUCGGUCGUCGAUUAUGGCACGUCCUCUGGCCAGUACUCCCAUUCCGCCGCCGGUUCCGCUUCCUCCUACUCCUACCUCCUCUACCGCUCCGGCAAAAUACACGACGUCGUCAUCGGCCCUUUGAGUCCCAGCACCGUCUACUACUACCGCUGCGGUUCCAACCCCGCCCGGGAGUUCUCCUUCAAGACUCCGCCGUCGUCUUUUCCCCUGAAAUUCGUCGUCGUCGGAGAUUUGGGGCAGACCUCGUGGACCAACUCGACGCUUCAGCACGUGGCGGCGGCGGCGUACGACGUGCUCCUCCUCCCCGGCGAUCUCUCCUACGCCGACUUCGCGCAGCGGCUCUGGGACUCCUUCGGCCGGCUGGUGGAGCCGCUGGCGAGCGCUCGGCCGUGGAUGGUCACCGAGGGGAAUCACGAGAUCGAGAGCAUCCCCGUGGUCCACCCCGCCUCCUUCGUCGCCUACAACGCUCGGUGGCGCAUGCCGUACGACGCAGACCCUUCCUCUGCCUCCGGGUCGAACCUCUUCUACUCCUUCGACGUCGCCGGCGGCGCCGUCCGCGUGCUCAUGCUUGGGUCGUACACCGACUUUGGCCCCGGAUCCGACCAGUACCAGUGGCUAGCCGCCGACCUGGCGCGGAUCGACCGCGCGCGGACGCCGUGGGUGUUCGCCGUGAUCCACGCGCCGUGGUACAACUCCAACGCGGCGCACCGGAGGGAAGGGGAGGGGAUGCGUGUGGCUGUGGAGGCGCUUCUGUAUGAGUACCGCGUCGACGCCGUGUUCGCUGGACAUGUGCACGCGUACGAGCGGUUCACGCGGGUGAACAACAACAUCGCCGACGGUUGCGGGCCGGUGCACAUCACGAUUGGGGACGGCGGGAACAGGGAGGGGCUGGCGUCCAAGUUCUUGAAUCCACAGCCGUCGAUCUCGGUGUUCAGGGAGGCGAGCUUCGGCCAUGGGCGGCUGGAAGUGGUGAAUGCGACGCACGCGCGGUGGAGUUGGCAUCGGAACGACGACGACAAGGCGGUGGCGGCGGAUGAGGUUUGGUUUACUAGUCUGGCCGCCAACCUCGCUUGUUGAUGAUUAAACGAAUUAUAAUAUAUAGAAUAAAGCACCAUGUCUCUAUGAAUUUCUUAAUAUAUAUAUAUAUAUAUAUUUGAUAUUAGAUAAAUGGUGUUUCUAUUUUAUCUGA